AAACUUAUAGUUUGUGGAUAAUUUUCUUGGACUGGGUGACUUACGCAAUAUAUAUAUAUAUACCUUUCUCCCUCGCUCUUGCAUUUUGGAUAUAGACAGUCCAUCGGUGUCGGACCCGAGGAUGGCGGUGGCACAGCCUAGCCGGGCUCCCUGUCAAAUCACAGCUGUCACGGAAUAGACCCCGCGCCGCCUGCCGGGCGGCCCCCGCGCACCGCAAACUUCAGGGCGAGAGGGAACUGGGUAAAUCAGCGCUCCAUGAUGCGGGCCCCCGCUUUACAAGGCGGGGCGGCCCCCCCAGGCGCCUCUCCCGCGGGCCGGCGCCUGCAGGUGCAGUGAGGCGUGCGCGCGCGGGGCCGGCGCCUCGGCGGACGGAGGACGCCUCUCCCUCGGCGGGCGGAGCGGAGCCGGGCGCCCGGCGGGUCUGGGGCCGCGCACCGGCGGCGGCGGCGGCUCGUCUCCGGCGGCUUCGGCGGCGGAUGAUGGUGGCGCCCGGCGCGCGGGGCGGUGUGUGCGCGUCGCCGCGGGAAGCGGCGCCCGGCGCGGAGCACUGAGCCCCGGCCGGUCCCCCGCGGCCCGGACGUCGGCGAGGACACAGCCGGCGCGCGGGGGGCGCGCGGGGCCGGCGGAUCAUGGCGGAGCGGACGGCUCCCCGCGGCCAGCUGCGGCUGGAGUGGGUGUACGGGUACCGGGGCCACCAGUGCCGCAACAACCUGUACUACACGGCCGGCAAGGAGGUGGUCUACUUCGUGGCCGGCGUCGGCGUGGUCUACAACACCCGCGAGCACAGCCAGAGGUUCUUCCUGGGGCACAACGACGACAUCAUCAGCCUUGCCUUACACCCAGAUAAAACUCUUGUCGCAACUGGCCAAGUUGGGAAGGAGCCAUAUAUAUGUAUAUGGGAUUCCUAUAAUGUCCAGACUGUGUCUAUUCUUAAAGAUGUCCACACACAUGGAGUCGCCUGCCUGGCUUUCGACUCAGAUGGACAGCGUUUGGCCUCUGUGGGAUUGGAUGCCAAAAACACAGUCUGCAUUUGGGACUGGAGGAAGGGGAAAUUGCUGGCCUCAGCCACUGGCCACUCCGACCGGAUUUUUGAUAUUUCCUGGGAUCCAUAUCAGCCAAACAGAGUGGUUAGCUGUGGAGUGAAACAUAUCAAGUUUUGGACACUCUGUGGAAAUGCCCUGACUGCAAAAAGAGGGAUAUUUGGCAAAACGGGGGAUCUUCAGACCAUCCUUUGCCUUGCGUGUGCCAAAGAAGACAUCACCUACUCUGGUGCUUUAAAUGGGGACAUCUAUGUCUGGAAAGGGCUCAACUUAGUCCGCACCGUCCAAGGCGCACACAGUGCUGGAAUCUUUAGCAUGUAUCCUUGUGAUGAAGGCUUUGCCACUGGUGGACGUGACGGGUGUAUACGGUUAUGGGAUACUGAUUUCAAACCAAUAACCAAAAUUGAUCUCAGGGAGACAGAACAAGGAUAUAAAGGCCUCUCCAUCCGGAGCGUGUGCUGGAAAGCAGACCGCCUCCUAGCAGGGACCCAGGACAGCGAGAUAUUCGAGGUGAUUGUGCGGGAACGGGACAAGCCCAUGCUGAUCCUGCAAGGCCACUGUGAGGGGGAGCUCUGGGCACUGGCCCUGCACCCCAAGAAGCCGCUGGCCGUGACUGGCAGCGACGACCGCUCUGUCAGGCUGUGGAGCCUGGCUGACCACGCCCUGAUCGCCCGCUGUAACAUGGAGGAAGCAGUUCGCAGUGUGGCUUUCAGCCCCGAUGGGUCCCAGCUGGCCCUGGGCAUGAAGGACGGCUCUUUCAUUGUUCUCCGAGUCAGAGAUAUGACAGAAGUGGUUCAUAUCAAAGAUCGAAAAGAAGUCAUUCAUGAAAUGAAAUUUUCUCCAGAUGGUUCUUAUCUCGCAGUGGGAUCCAACGAUGGCCCCGUGGACGUCUAUGCGGUUGCCCAGCGGUAUAAGAAAAUCGGGGAAUGCAACAAGUCCCUCAGUUUCAUUACGCACAUCGACUGGUCUCUGGACAGCAAAUACUUGCAAACGAACGACGGUGCAGGAGAACUACUGUUCUACAGAAUGCCGUCUGGGAAGCCGUUAGCGAAUAAAGAAGAAAUCAAAGGGAUCCCCUGGGCCUCCUGGACCUGUGUGAAAGGCCCGGAAGUGAGUGGAAUUUGGCCAAAAUACACUGACGUCACUGACAUCAACUCGGUGGAUGCGAACUACAGCAGCUCCGUGCUGGUGUCUGGAGAUGAUUUUGGACUGGUCAAAUUAUUUAAGUUUCCUUGUCUCAAGAAAGGAGCCAAAUUUAGAAAGUAUGUGGGCCAUUCUGCACAUGUCACCAACGUCCGCUGGUCUCACGACUUUCAGUGGGUGUUAAGCACCGGAGGGGCCGACCACUCGGUGUUCCAGUGGAGAUUCAUUCCAGAAGGUGUCAGCAACGGCCUGCUGGAGACCGCACCCCAGGAAGGCGGCACUGAUUCCUACAGUGAAGAAUCUGAUUCAGAUUUAUCUGAUGUGCCGGAGUUGGACUCUGAUAUUGAGCAAGAAACUCAAAUCAAUUAUGAUCGCCAGGUUUACAAAGAAGAUCUACCUCAGCUAAAGCAACAAAGUAAAGAGAAAAACCAUGCAGUGCCCUUCCUCAAACGAGAAAAGGCUCCUGAGGACAGCCUGAAACUCCAGUUCAUACACGGGUACAGAGGCUACGACUGUAGGAACAAUCUGUUCUACACACAAGCGGGAGAGGUGGUCUACCAUAUUGCCGCCGCGGCUGUUGUGUACAACAGGCAGCAGCACUCCCAGAGGCUGUACCUGGGGCACGAUGAUGACAUUCUCAGCCUGACCAUCCACCCAGUGAAGGACUACGUGGCCACUGGGCAGGUCGGGAGAGAUGCUGCCAUUCAUGUGUGGGACACGCAGACUCUGAAGUGUUUGUCAUUAUUGAAAGGACAGCAUCAGAGAGGGGUGUGCGCACUCGAUUUUUCAGCCGAUGGAAAAUGUCUGGUGUCGGUUGGCUUAGACGAUUUUCACAGUAUUGUAUUCUGGGACUGGAAAAAGGGAGAAAAGAUAGCCACAACCAGAGGACAUAAAGAUAAGAUAUUUGUGGUAAAGUGUAACCCACACCAUGUGGACAGACUGGUUACCGUUGGGAUAAAGCACAUCAAAUUCUGGCAACAAGCAGGUGGGGGUUUCACCUCUAAGAGGGGAAUCUUUGGAAGUGUUGGAAAACUGGAAACAAUGAUGUGUGUUUCUUAUGGGCGGAUGGAAGACCUAGUCUUCUCAGGAGCAGCUACAGGAGAUAUUUUCAUUUGGAAAGACAUUCAGCUACUGAAGACGGUGAAGGCUCAUGACGGGCCCGUGUUUGCUAUGUAUGCGUUGGAUAAGGGUUUUGUAACGGGUGGAAAGGACGGCAUUGUGGAGCUCUGGGAUGAUAUGUUUGAAAGAUGCUUGAAGACCUACGCCAUUAAAAGAGCAGCAUUGUCGACUAGCUCUAAAGGAUUGCUUUUGGAAGAUAAUCCUUCCAUUCGUGCCAUUACUUUGGGACAUGGACAUAUCCUGGUGGGAACCAAAAAUGGAGAGAUCCUGGAAAUUGACAAAAGCGGCCCAAUGACACUGCUUGUUCAGGGCCACAUGGAGGGAGAAGUGUGGGGGCUGGCAGCUCAUCCUCUCCUGGCCAUCUGUGCGACCGUGAGCGAUGACAAAACCCUGCGCAUCUGGGAACUGUCCUCCCAGCACCGCAUGCUGGCGGUGCGGAAACUCAAAAAAGGUGGAAGAUGCUGUGCCUUCUCCCCCGACGGGAAAGCCCUUGCGGUCGGCCUGAACGACGGGAGUUUCCUGGUGGUCAAUGCUGACACAGUGGAAGACAUGGUCUCCUUCCACCACAGAAAGGAGAUGAUCUCCGACAUUAAGUUCUCAAAAGACACCGGGAAGUACCUGGCCGUGGCCUCCCACGACACCUUUGUGGACAUUUACAACGUGCUCACAAGCAAGCGGGUCGGCAUCUGCAAAGGCGCCUCUAGCUACGUCACACACAUCGACUGGGACUCGCGAGGAAAAUUAUUGCAAGUUAAUUCGGGUGCCAAAGAACAACUCUUUUUUGAAGCUCCAAGAGGCAAACGGCAUAUCAUAAGACCUUCAGAGAUUGAGAAGAUCGAGUGGGACACGUGGACCUGCGUCCUGGGCCCCACCUGCGAAGGGAUCUGGCCCGCACACAGCGAUGUGACCGACGUCAACGCCGCCAGUCUCACCAAAGACUGCUCCCUCUUGGCCACGGGAGACGAUUUUGGGUUCGUCAAGCUUUUCUCGUAUCCUGUCAAGGGCCAGCACGCGCGGUGCAAGAAGUACGUGGGGCACAGCGCCCAUGUCACCAACGUGAGGUGGCUGCACAAUGACUCCGUGCUGCUCACGGUAGGGGGCGCCGACACGGCCCUGAUGAUCUGGACCCGGGAGUUUGUGGGGACGCAGGAGAGCAAGCUGGUGGAUAGCGAGGAGUCAGACACAGAUGCCGAAGAGGAUGGAGGCUACGACAGUGAUGUUGCCAGAGAAAAGGCUAUCGAUUACACCACCAAGAUCUACGCCGUGAGCAUCAGGGAGAUGGAGGGCACCAAGCCACACCAGCAGAUGAAAGAGGUCUCCAUGGAAGAAAGGCCACCCGUCAGCAGAGCGGCGCCCCAGCCUGAGAAACUCCAGAAGAACAACAUCACCAAGAAGAAGAAGCUGGUUGAGGAGCUGGCUCUGGACCACGUGUUCGGCUACCGGGGAUUUGACUGCCGCAAUAACCUGCAUUACCUGAACGAGGGCGCGGACAUCAUCUUCCACACCGCGGCGGCCGGCGUCGUGCAGAACCUUGCCACAGGGAGCCAGAGCUUCUACCUGGAGCACACGGACGACAUCCUCUGCCUCACGGUGAACCAGCACCCCAAGUACAGGAACGUGGUGGCCACCAGCCAGAUAGGAACCACGCCCUCCAUCCACGUCUGGGACGCCAUGACCAAGCACACCCUCUCCAUGCUGCGGUGCUUCCACUCGAAGGGGGUCAACUACGUCAACUUCAGCGCCACGGGCAAGCUGCUGGUGUCGGUGGGCGUGGACCCCGAGCACACCAUCACCGUGUGGCGCUGGCAGGAAGGGGCCAAGGUGGCCAGCCGCGGGGGCCACCUGGAGCGCAUAUUCGUGGUGGAGUUCCGCCCGGACUCGGACACGCAGUUCGUGUCCGUCGGGGUCAAGCACAUGAAGUUCUGGACCCUGGCGGGCAGCGCCCUCCUGUACAAGAAGGGGGUCAUCGGGUCCAUGGAGGCCGCCAAGAUGCAGACGAUGCUCUCCGUGGCCUUCGGUGCUAACAACCUCACGUUCACGGGUGCCAUCAACGGGGACGUGUACGUGUGGAAGGACCACUUCCUCGUCCGGCUGGUGGCCAAGGCCCACACGGGGCCCGUCUUCACCAUGUACACCACCCUGCGGGACGGGCUCAUCGUCACCGGCGGCAAAGAGCGGCCGACCAAGGAAGGAGGUGCUGUGAAGCUGUGGGACCAGGAGAUGAGGCGCUGCCGAGCCUUCCAGCUGGAGACGGGGCAGCUGGUGGAGUGCGUGCGCUCCGUGUGCCGCGGCAAAGGGAAAAUUCUAGUGGGGACCAAAGAUGGAGAGAUCAUUGAAGUCGGUGAAAAAAAUGCUGCUUCCAACAUCCUGAUUGACGGGCACAUGGAGGGGGAGAUCUGGGGCCUGGCCACACACCCGUCCAAGGGCAUCUUCAUCUCCGCCAGCAACGACGGCACAGCCCGCAUCUGGGACCUGGCGGACAAGAAGCUGCUGAACAAGGUGAGCCUGGGCCACCCGGCCAGGUGUGCAGCCUACAGCCCCGACGGGGAGCUGGUGGCCAUCGGCAUGAAGAAUGGGGAGUUUGUCAUCUUGCUGGUGAACAGCCUGAAAGUCUGGGGGAAGAAACGAGACCGGAAAUCUGCCAUCCAAGAUAUCAGGAUCAGCCCGGACAGCAGGUUCCUGGCCGUCGGAUCCUCCGAACACACCGUGGACUUCUAUGACCUCCUGCAGGGCACCAGCCUGAAUCGCAUCGGCUACUGCAAGGACAUCCCGAGCUUUGUCAUCCAGAUGGAUUUCUCCGCGGACAGCAGAUACAUUCAGGUGUCCACAGGAGCCUACAAGCGCCAGGUGCACGAGGUCCCCCUGGGGAAGCAGGUGACGGAAGCCAUGGUCAUCGAGAAGAUCACCUGGGCCUCCUGGACAAGCAUCCUGGGAGACGAGGUCAUUGGCAUCUGGCCGCGGAACGCGGACAAGGCCGACGUGAACUGCGCGUGCGUCACCCACGCCGGCCUGAACAUCGUCACCGGGGACGACUUCGGGCUGGUGAAGCUCUUCGAUUUCCCGUGCGCGGAGAAAUUUGCCAAACACAAGCGUUACUUUGGUCACUCGGCCCACGUGACGAACAUCCGCUUCUCCCACGAUGACAAGUACGUGGUCAGCACCGGAGGAGACGACUGCAGUAUCUUUGUGUGGCGAUGUCUGUGAAGGCCUGAAACCGCUCCCUUUCUUGCUGCUGUUCCUGCCCGGCGCCUGCAGAGGCAGCUCGGAGGCUGGACCACGCCUCCCACCUGGCCGGCGCUCACACGUGGUAAGACUGCACACGGGGCCUCCAAAGCCGAGAUGCCGAGAAGGAAGGUCAGUUCUAACAUGCUAAGACUGCUUGCCUCUGUUCCUGAGACUAAAAACUCUUCUGUACUAACACUGACAAAGCAUCCUAUCUGACAGUGUAGCCCGCGGACAAAAUGGAAAGCCUCAGUUACCCUAACCAAUAUGUAGCUUUUAAUUUGCAUCAGAACUUUUGCAAAAGGCAUUUUGCUAUUAUGUUCCUAUAUUCUUUAAAAGUUGUUCGUUUUUUUAACAAAUAAGUUGAAUAAGACAGCUCCAGGUAGAUGGACUGACGUCCUAGAACUAUCGGUAGCCUCUGUUCUCCCCAUUUAGCUUUCAAAACCAAAUGAGCCAUGUAUAAACAAGUUGAGAAACUUAAUUUUUUAAAAACAUUUCGUUUGCAGAGUUUUCUAUCCAUUAAGUGCCUUUGAAAGUUUCCAGUUGUGUGGGCUGCUGUCUCACCUCCCACAAAUGAUCUCCUUUCUAUUGUACAUCAGGUGCUAACACUUCCAAACUGAGGAGGGCUACUUAGGAGUUUCCUGGUCUGUCACCCAUGUCGCCUGUUUAUAUGUCCAGGCUUCUCAAAGGAAGGGCAUCAGCUUGGGAACUAGUGGCUAUAGGAAGGUGAGCAAAAAAAGGAAAGAAAUUCAGGCGGGAGGGAGUAGGAGGAGUGUUCAUUAUGUUUAGUGCCAAAUCUACAAAAUCCAAAAUACUAGAAGAAAAAAAAGCAAGCUCAACCAUUUCCAGGAGGAUGAGCUGAUUUAUCUUGUUAAAUGGGAACAAAUGAGGUGAUCUGAAGCUGACUAGACACCACUGAUUUGCUUCUGAAUUUUUAUAUAUAUAUAAAAUUCCUAAACCCAAACAAUAUUUGAUAAAUCAAGAUUAUAUAAUCUAGCUUAGCUUCCUCAGAGCGGGCUGGCUAACAGAGUGUGAGUUGGACAGUCUUACCCAGAAGACAGCUCCAAACCACCUCAAUCAUACUUGACGCUCAGCCAAGCACUGGCAGGAGGGAUGACGGCACACACUGGUGACUCCGAGCACAUAUAUACCAGUGAGUCCUUGCGGUCAGUGAACUAAAUUUUGGAUGUUAAGUUACUGGCUAGCUGCAGUUGUCAGUCUAGAGAAAAGGCAAAAUGAAGCAGUUUUCAAUUAUCUAGAUUAACAUUUACCACAGAAGUGCUUCAGCAUUCUAAAUGGAUUAGGUCAUUCAUUAAGCUAUUUUUAUAUGCCAAUUUAUUAAUGCCUUACAUUAACCCACUGAUUAGGUUGAUGGGCCCAGUUAGAGUCCCUCUGCAGUCCUAAUUGUUUUCUGUAACCACGUGACUGGUGAUGCUGAGUGAUAACCGUGUCUGCCUAUAUUGUACCACUGACCUUUCAUAUGACUGAAUCUUGCAUAGAAAUGCUGGUAUGUACAGCUAUAUUUACAGAGCAAUAGUGUCUGUGUACCAAGAAAACUUCUAGUAAACAUUUAUAUGGUAUGAUUUUAUGUAUGUUCAUAAAUCCUGCACUGUAUUCUAUGUUAUCAAAGUAUAAAAAGAAUUGAGACAUUUUGGUGUGUGUCAGAUUUGAUUAAGUAAACACAGCUGCACAAGAAGCUGAAACCCUCACCGGCUGGAGCAAAGUCUCUUCCCCAAAGUUUGUGUGUACUUCUCAUCUGCUACAGUUUCAUGAAACCAAAAUACCGAACAUAUUUUAAGUCUAUAAGCUUUAUUGAUACUUUGCUUUUACAGUUCACAAGGCAUUCCACAAUUUAGUUCAGUACAGCUUAAACCACAACUGUAUAAAUCUUCAUUUUAUAAUUUCUUGCAUAACAAUGUUUGAUAUUUGCAAACAACAUUUUUGGAAGCAUUAGAUUCAGUCCAUAGAUUCAGGGUGUGGGACAAAAUUAACUACGGUAAGUCUGUGCGGUGAAGUUUAUAGGGUGAGCUCUAUGUGCAUGGCAUCCUUUCAUGUUGAAAACAGAUGGUAGUGCGCCUAGAAAUAUAUUUUUUUUUUCCUGCUUAUGUAUUUGAAACUACAUAACCACAUAUAACCAAUGACUCUGAGAUAUCAAGCACGGUGGGGAAGCUGGAAGGUAAAGGUCUAAGCUUUGUGAAACACUAUAUAUAGAUAAUAUAUAUAAUCUAUUUUUACUUAUAUUGGCAAUUAAUAUAACAGUAAAAUUCACAAUACACCUAGAACAUACCAGGAAGGCAAGCUUUUCCACUCCUGCUUUAGUGGUAUGAUCUCGUCUAAACAUUUCGUUUCAGAAAAUCGGCAUCAAUCUACACAGACCAUACACACACAGUGCACAAACUGUGAAAAGGGUUAUUUUUUUUUUUCAGCUUCAUGUUCUCUGCAAUUCCCCAAAUACAGCAAGACUACCUGCAACAAAG